GGCAUGAGUGAGCCAACACGAGGUGGUGGGUCAGGUGGGCGAGGGCCGCGGGACAACAACAGUACAGUGGACACUCCUUCUCACAGCGCUGCGUGGCAGGGAUGCUCAGGAGCCGCGACGUCGUUCUCGUCCUCUUCGUGACCCACACCUGGCCAGCGUGAUCCCAGCAAGAGUGACGGUGUGCACCUGUUGCCAGUCACCUGUGCCUUGUGUCAAGACUCCAGGUGAGGUGACAGGCCGCAUGAAGUGAUCGCCCCCCCCAGCCACCGUCAAGACCCCCAGCAUGGCCGCCCUCAGGAUUGGAUUUAUCGGGGCGGGCAACAUGGCCCAGGCGCUUGCCAAGGGCUUUAUCUCGUCAGGCCUGGCCCAGCCCCAGCACGUGAUAGCCUCCUGUCCCCCGGCUGACCAACACCUCCUCCAGCAGAUGCAGUCGAUGGGCUGCACCACCACACACGAGAACCGUGAGGCCGCCGCCGCCUCGGACGUGGUGGUGGUGUGCGUGAAGCCGAACAUCGUGGGCCGCGUGCUGACGGACCUGAAGUCCUGCAUCACACCGGCCCGACCCCUCGUCACCUCCGUGGCCCUGGGCGUGACGCUGGCUGCCAUGGAGGCCGCGCUGCCCCCCGAGGCCCGCGUGGUCAGGAUCAUGCCCAACACCCCCGCCCUCGUGCAGCUCGGCGCCUCGGUCUUCAGCCGCGGCACCAACGCAACGCACGCCGACGCAGAGCUCACGCACAGGAUGCUGAAGGCGGUGGGGCAGUGCGACGAGGUGCCGGAGUCCUUCCUCGACGCUGUGACGGGCCUCAGCGGAGCAGGGCCCGCCUAUAUGUACCUGGUGGUGGAGGCGCUGGCUGACGGCGGCGUGAGGAUGGGGCUGCCCCGACAACUGGCGCAGAGGCUGGCGGCGCAGACCAUGAUGGGCGCUGCCAAGAUGGUGCUGUCGACAGGCAAACACCCCGGGCAGCUGAAGGAUGAAGUGUGUUCCCCUGGAGGUUGCACCAUUCAAGGCGUGCAGGUGCUGGAGGACGCUGGGUUACGCUCCGCCCUCAUCUCCGCCGUGCAUCGAGCCGCCGCCGCCUCCGCCAUCCUAGGCAAGCCACCACCACCACCAUCACCGUCACCAUCACCGCCAGCACCCUCACCAUACCAGACAGCACCGUUAUCACCAUCCCCCUCGUCACCACCACCCCCAGGCCCCACAGUGUUCCGCAGGCCCACCUCCCCCCCUGUGGCACCCCAGCCGGCUUAGUGGAGAGAGAGAGGGAGAAUCCAUACCUCUUAUAUAGUGAAGAUUGGUGCCAUAUUUACUUCUAUUAUCAUCAAUAUAGCCUAAUAUUUACUAUCCUUAUAAGGCGUAAAAAUAUAUGCCAUUCUGUACCUAGAUGGAUAACGCUCCUAUGAUUUUUUUUGUAACUGUGGUAGCCUAUUUUUUUGUUAUUGUAUCAGUCGUAAUAUAUAUACCCUUUUUUAUAUGUUGUAGAUUUAUACCUAGGAGAAUAUGAAAAGACGAAAUUAAACAAGAAAAAUGAA